AUGUACACACAACCGUGUCUACCUGACAUUGCUAACUUUAAGUUAUUUUCAGGAAAAAUACAAAAGAAAUCGAAAGGCAAGAAGAUAAAGAUCAUCGUAGACCAAAAGCUUGAGGUCGCCAAGAAAAAAUUGAAGCUGAUACAGUUUGAUGAUCAGUUGGUGAAUGUGAAACGUACUUCUACUAGAACCGAUCAGGAAUCCGCUGAGGAAUUGGUUGACGCACUGCAAAAACUCAAAGAUAGCCAAGAGAUACACAUGCUUAAGCACAUGAGCAAAUUUGCUGCUCCACCACCAGAGAUGGGCAAAUUUUCUUUUCCCCCACCAGAUGUCUCGAUUCCUCCGCCACUGACAAGACAAUCUCCUCCAGUAAUAUCAAAACCUCCCGUACUAUUUCAGUUUGGACCACUGACCCCUCAUACAUUUUACCCUAGACCCCCUUUCAUGAUCAAACAUCAAAACAGGGCUUUGGUGAUGAGAAAGGUACCGAGGGCUAUAAUACCAACCCAAACAUCUGCUUCAGGCAAUGCUGAGUCUAUCACCGAUGUUCCUUUAUCUGAAUUGAUGAUGAGGUCUAUUAAAAAACCUGACAAACCGGCAUUCCUGGAACCUAUUAAGGUGUAUGAGGUGUCUAGGGGCAACCCAUGCAUGAGGUCUGCUCAGUCGAUCUAUUUGAGACCUCCAUUUCCCAGUCGGACCUAUAGAAGGGCUAUCACGCCAUCUGUACAAGGUAGUAGGAGCUCAUUGAUAGCUCCCGCAAUAGUACCUCAAACAUACGAUAGAAGAGUUGAAAAGAUGAAUAUUUCUGAUGACAGUAUUGAUGAUAGAACAGAUCAAGAUAAGGGAGAAAUUAGUGAUACUGCAACAGACGUUAGUGGAGAUAUUAAUGACUUUUAUUAA